AAAACAUAUAAUAAUACAUUAUAUGUUAAUAAUAAAAAGUGCAUUCGUGAAAACUGAAAAAAAACAAAACAAAACAAAAAAAAUAAAAAAGAAAACAAAAAACAGCAGCCUGGCGAUUCAAGGGAAGUCUCAAAAAAGACAAAUACCCCAAAUGCAAGGUUAUCAAAACAGGGCCAUAUUUGCCUUCUCUUCUCUGAAGAGUGAGCUCCUUAGCAUAUGUCUCAUCUCCAUGGGUGGAGAAGGGGCAGAGAUUUGAAAGGGUCUUAGUUUCUCCCUCUAGUAACCUCCUACCCUCAUAAAAACACAGAAAUCUUUAUUCCGUCACACCCACUGCUGGACUUAACCCAGUGUCCUCUCAUAUUUACCCGUUUACACUCAUCCCUGAAUUUCUCCUUCUCCACUCCCAUAUCCUUGCACUCUCAGACACACUCAUAAUCUCAGAUCUUCAUGUCUUGAACAUUUACAUCUCAUUUUGCAGCAUAUGCAUUCCUCAAGUUUGCUUUCUCUAAUGUCCUUCCUUAGCCACUCUAAUGUUGAACUCACACAAAUAAUCUCACUCUUGUAGGACUUUUUAAUUUCUCAUUAACAAUGCACACAGCCAAGACAGUCAUUUAACAUUUUAUAAAACUCCCGUUUCCAGUCCCCUAGAACCCCCAUGUAAUUCCACAAUCAAGGAGCUCACAUGAAGUGCCACAUCCUUCGUUCACAUGGUCAGUGUGUAUUGCUUUCCCAAUCUCAGCAGUUAUCACAAAAUCACCCAGCUCCAUAUUUCACUCACAAACCAAAUAGAUACUCUGCAACUACUUAAACUUUAUACUAUGUGACACACAGGUCACUUGUAAUACAGGGAAGACAUACUGCUGUACAUCUCUAGAAGGAUGCUGCAGUGUCACCCACGACGCUCAUGCUACCUUCACAUGCAAUGGCCAGGUCACCUCUACAUUCUCUGAAUAAAAUUGUUGAGGACAUGUGUCAGACACAUACAUCAGACUGUGUUCACUAACAUGGCACACAUACUAAGUCCCUAGAAAAUACAGCAACCCCACUGAAUUGUCUCAUUCCAAAACCAACAUGACCUAUCAGACACUUUCCAGUGACCAAAGAGAAAAAGUAGGUGCAUUUUGUGAAAUAAAGUUGAGUUAUAAGCUUCCCUGAAGUUUGUAAACCCAGGAGGAGACUUAGUAUGUUUUAGUUAUUUUCUAAAGAACAAAAAUGGACCUAUUUCCUGAACGUUGAGUUUGGAAAUGUAGAUUAGGAGGAAGAAAAACUAACCGGUGAUUUUUGUGAUAUGUUUAAAUUCAUGGCAGAGAUCGAGAUGAUCCUAGAAAUACACAUAUUUUACCAGGGAAAUAACCAACAGCCGAGAAUUUCGCUGUUCAUUGGUAAGGUUUAGAGGUAGGCUUAUGUGUACAGUGAGUAUAGAUGCAAAAAUUAAUCAGAAUAGUGUGUGAGGAGGAUGUAAGGAGGGUGACACCACCAAGUGGGCCAAGUGACAGCUGAGCCAUUUGGCAGUCAUAGCUCCUCAGAGGGGAGCUGUGCCCAAAGUGGGGAGGUGUUGCCUGGAGUCAGCCUUGGGAACCCUUCUGGAGUCUCCUGGUCCCGCAGAGCUGUGCAGCAGAGCCCUCAGAAGUUUUAAACACAUCUGAAGAUGUUUUACCUGGACCCUCUGAGUUGGCCCAAGGCCAUGGCCAGAUGGCAGCAGAUGCAAAGUCACAAUACUCCUGUGUGCCUGCAGACAAGCUCGUUCGCUGUGAGGAAGACUCAAGAGGAUGCGGCUCAGCCUAACUCCUCUGCCUCACAGUACUUCUCCUGUGUCUCCUCUCUAUCUAAGCUGAUUCCUGCUAAUGAGGAUGAAUUCAAGACGACCCAUGAGGAUGCAGCCCAUCCUAAGUCCUCUGCCGUGGUCCCUCCUGGUGGUGAGGUAGCAGAACAACAAUCCUCUGCCUCACAGUACUUCUCCUGUGUCUCCUCUCUAUCUCAGCUGAUUCCUGCUAAUGAGGAUGAAUUCAAGACCACCCAGGAGGUCGGAGCCCAUCCCAAGUCCUCUGCCGUGGUCCCUCCUGGUGGUGAGGCUGCAGAAGAAUCAUCUGCCUCAUCCUACUACACCUGUUUUUCUUCCAUAUCGCAAAUCAUUAGGGCUAAUCAGGAUGAAUUCAAGACCACCCAGGAGGUCGGAGCCCAUCCCAAGUCCUCUGCCGUGGUCCCUCCUGGUGGUGAGGCUGCAGAAGAAUCAUCUGCCUCAUCCUACUACACCUGUUUUUCUUCCAUAUCGCAAAUCAUUAGGGCUAAUCAGGAUGGAGCUCCUCAAACAGACCAGCUUGUUUCUUGUUCCAAGAAAUGUGAGACUUCCUCACACUUUCUAUAUAGCUCCUUUACUUUGCAGCUGGCUAAUGAUCCUAAGCCUUCUGUGUCCUCUGCAAACACAGAAGAGGAAACAUUCAUGAAUGUCUACUAUAUGAAUGUAAGAACAAAAAGGGGUGUGGCUGUCCUCAAUGAUGAGCAAGAAAGCCUGGAGCCUCCUACCAAAAAAACAAAAAAAGAAAAAAAGACCUUUUCUGAUCUCCAGGGAGCAGUCACCCCCUCUUGCACUACUAAGGAGCCACCAACUUGCAGUGCAUCCAGGCAGACAAUAGAAGAGCAGGAGAAAGGGAAGGAGGCUGACAGUCCACCAGUGCCUCCAGCUGCCGAGGAAUAUCCCAGGGCCAAGACGCCUGAAUGGCUCGUGACCCUGGAUAGUGGCUUCAGGUGCAUGGCCUGCUGCCGGGUCUUUCCUAGCUUGGAGGUCCUCCAGGAACACGUGAAGCAUGGAGUCCGUGAGGGCUUCAGCUGCCAUACUUUCCAUCUGACCUUGACUUUGCUGGAGAGAAAGAAAAGGGUAGAGAAGGAAAAGAGUAGGCAGACAAAGAAUACUAAGAAUACUGGCAUAUAGAUGCCAGAAAGCGAAAAAU